UUAUGGCAACCACCGGCAUGCAGCUGCUCGGCUUAGUCCUGUCCAUCAUCGGCUGGGUGGGCGGGUUCCUGGUGUGCACCCUGCCCAUGUGGAGGGUCACAGCCUUCAUCGGCAACAACAUUGUAACGGCACAGAUCACAUGGGAGGGCCUGUGGAUGAAUUGCAUCUGGCAGAGCACAGGGGAGAUUCAGUGCAAGGUGUAUGACAGCCUGCUGGCUCUUCCCAGUGACAUGAAGGCCGCCCGAGGUCUUACGGUUCUCGCUUUGCUCAUCUGCACCCUGUCGCUCACACUGGGUGUUCUGGGAAUCAAGUGCACCGAGUGCGUGGGCCUCCCAAGCCUCAAGGCACGCUUGGCCCGCGUGUCCGGUGUGCUCUUUGUCAUCGCAGGGUUCCUCAUCCUCGUACCCGUCUGCUGGACGGCCCAUUCCAUCAUCAGGGAUUUCUAUGACCCCUAUGUGGCGGCCCCUCACAAACGUGAGCUCGGCCCCGCUCUCUACCUGGGCUGGGGAGGUUCGGCAUUGCUGUUGAUUGGUGGAUCGCUCCUCUACGCAGGGUCCAAUCCUCCCGGGAUUCCCUCCUCUCCUACAUUUAGCAGUGGUGAGAGCAGCCCACGCCGAGCGGGUGGACCUGCCCAGGUCAAGGGUUAUGUUUAACGACCAGCAGCGGCAAGCCGGUUCCCGAAAGCCUUCUCUGCUAGAGUUUCCCAUUGUGAUAGAUUCAAGUUAAUUCUCCUCUAUUUUUUAUCAUUCAGAAUAUUUCUGUAGUAUGAUGGAGGUAGUGAAUAGAAAUGUGAAAUCAAGUUUCCUUGCCACCUCUAAUGUCCACUUAUAAGUCUGUCUUUUUCUGUAUUUGUCUGUUAUGUUAUUCAAUAAUAAAACCUUAAAUCCUU